AUGUCCCUUGUCAACAAGCCCAAGACCGUCGAAGCGGAGGAGACCCGUAUCCACCGCAUUCGCAUUACGCUCACGAGCCGAAAUGUGAAGAACCUGGAGAAGGUAUGCACGGACCUCAAGCGUGGCGCGGUGGACAAGAACCUGAAGGUGUCGGGCCCCGUGCGUCUUCCCACGAAGAUCCUGCGUCUUACCACGCGCAAGUCGCCUUGUGGUGAGGGUACCAACACGUGGGACCGCUUCGAGAUGCGCAUCCACAAGCGCAUCAUCGACUUGCACGCGCCUUCGGACAUUGUCAAGCAGAUCACGUCGAUCUCGAUCGAGCCUGGCGUCGAGGUUGAGGUGACCAUUGCCGACGCCUAA